AUGUUUCGUCGGGCUCGGUCGGCGCCUGAUCCCGAAAGCAAUCACGGAGAAAAUGCAGGGCACGACAUUUUGGACUUCCAGGAUUCUUCCUGGAUUAUCGACCACCAUCGUCACAAUAUCAUCACGAAGAUCUGUCGACCGAUUAAUUCUUGGUUUAAAAUGCUACGUGCGCAACCCUUCGAGAGUAAUAAAGGCUCAAAUCAUAAUUCAGGAUGGCAAUCAAACAGUGAUGGUCAAAAACUCGUCACAGACGAACAACAGCUCGGACUUAGCAAUGCGCUGCCUCAACGUGGAAUAAACACAAUUAUUUACCAGCUAGAAGGAAACAGUGAGAGUUACAAAAUCAAUCUCUCUGAGCUACAACGCUUGCGGUUACGACAGCUCCAACAUAAAUUGGUUCACCACGCAAUAGACCUACGAUAUGAUGCUAUGGAACCUUCAGGCUGGGCUGACGACUUGAGAGAAUAUGUUCAGGCCUUGCAAGAUUACGACUACAUGGCAAAAUAUAUAUUACAGGCACAAGACCCCUUUCUUGUAACUGGGGAACGAGCUAUAGAUCGUUUGAUGCUCCAAGUAGCUAUGAGAAACAAGGAGAAUGAGGCAGACCCGCUGCGCUGGGAGAAGUCCAUCGUUCCUUGGGAGGCACUCGACAUAGAAUCAAAGCCUAUCGGCGGUACAAGAGACGGAAACUUGCGUCAAGCCUGGAUUCAAGGUUUCCGACAGCGAUUGGGAGUCGCUGCUGUGGGCGGUAUAUUUCUUAUAGCACCUAUGUGGCUUAUGGUCCUCCACAGAACGCUCUACACUGCUCUAAUUUCCACAUCAGUGUUCGUGUCUAUAUUUGGCCUAACGAUGGCUUUGUUUCUUGAUGGCUUGAAGGACGUCCUUUCGAGCACAGCUGCAUACUCGGCUGUGCUAGUUGUUUUUGUGGGCUUGACAGUUCCUAACAUCACUUGUUAA